CCGCCUGCUUCGAUCUCGUAUCGCCGAUCGCAUCGACACCGCUCGUGGCUCGCUACGACGAAUGGCCAUCUCUUAACAUUGGUUCGGUCGUGUAAAAAUGUGCAUCGCAUUAUUUUGAUGGUUUGAGGAUGCUAUCGCAGCAAUACGCACGCCGCAGAAGCGUAAUAUCAAAUGUUAUAAUUAAGAUGAAAUCGAACGCUCAUAAACGUAGUCUUUGAUUUAAAAAUGACGUGUAAUUUUAAAAAUGUGCAAGAAUAUCGUUUUUUUUAAUCGAGGUGUUGUAACUUUGCCCCUUCAUAUAAUUAAAAAAAUGUGUAUAGUGUGGCAGACUAGGACGUUAAAAAUGAAGUUGUAGCAUCACCAAAAGUCACAAGCAACGCCAUGAUUAAUACAAGAAUAGCUCGAUCGUGGAGCUGGCUCCUGGUGCUGGUGGUAGUCGUGUGGGCGCGCGGUGCAGCCGGUGGAUGCGGCGUGGCUGAAUUCCCGUGCCGCAGCGGCGCUUGCGUGCGUCUGGACGCGUACUGUGAUGGCGAAGCGCAGUGCUCGGACGGCAGCGAUGAGCCGUCUCACUGCUCGGUGUGCAACCGGACGUACUACGGGCGUACCGGGGUGGCGUACGGAGUGGCGCUCCGAGGAGCACCGCGAGCACCGUUCUUGUGUCACCUCACGUUCACAGCCGGGGGCGCUACGCACGGUGAUUUAGUCCAACUUGCUUUCGACGAGUUUCGAGUGGGUCGCUAUGAACAAGGUGCCCUCGAUGGAUGUCCGGAUGGUUACAUGCAGCUGUCGGAGCUGGGCCGGCCCUUCACAGGCGGUUCGUGGUGUGGUUCAGCUGAAGGAGUUGCAUUGUACUACAGCGAAACAGCAACGGUCACCGUCUCGGUUAAAUUAUUUCGUGCACGUCUCGGAGAACCUUUUGGGUUUCGGCUUCGAUACAAGUUCCUCGCUCAGCGCGAUGCCAUCGUAAGGUUCGGAGCUCUGGAGGCGCCCCUUGAGCGCGGCUCCGUGUCCCCGGGCACGUACUGCACGCGGACGUACGAGGAAUGCCAUCGUAAAUCUUGUCGCUUACAAAGUCCUAAUUACCCCGGCAUGUAUCCGAGAAACGUGACAUGCUAUUGGAGUCUGCGACAAAAGGAUAUUCCUACCUGUAAACAUGCAAUGAUUUCCGUGCGCCAAGAAUACUCUCAUAAAAUGCAAAUCAAGCGUUCAAUAUCAAUGGCCAGCUUAAACAAGACGGGUCGUGCGGUGCGUGCGUGGCGAGAGUGUACGGGAGAGCGAGACAGGUUGAUUUUUUACGACGGCGCAUCGACCGACGAUCCCGUGCUAGUGGAGUACUGCGGAGGAGACUGGCUGCCGCCCGUGACGUCACGAGGCCCUGAGAUGCUUGUGGCCUUCCACUCGUCUCCAUUCAGCGCACCGCCGCGGGCCACCACUCCUCACGCUCCGCUGCGAGGAUUUGAACUCGAUGUCGAUGUUAUAUUUGCUGAUUCUGAUUCCUUAGAUUACGCUAGGGAAGCGCGACGAUGUGAAUUUCACGUGAAGGCUUCAUCGUCAGAAGAGGAGUUAAACGCAACCGCUGUAAAUGUAAGAGGACGCCGAGGCCGCUUACACGCUCCUACACACACCCUCCCACCGAAUACUUCUUGCACUUGGACAUUUCACGGGCGGCCAGGUGACCUUGUUUGGGUUUAUUUCUCAAGUUUCACACAAUAUUCAUUAGUGGAAGCACGCCGCACAGAAAGUAGUGAGCGUGAGGAAGAAGGCGCAAUUACCGUAGCACCUCGUCAACUGCCCGAUUACGCACGGAAGGCCGAUACAGGCGGGGCUUGUGCCGUAGAAUUGCGAAUUUGGGACGGUGGUGGUGCAGGUGAAGCUUCGGCGCUCUUGGGGCGGUACUGCGACACGACACCAUCUCUUUGUGCACGAGCUGCACUGGCCAAUGCGACGCGCUCCCCUCGUCCAUGUGCGCCACCGGACGGCUACGUGUCAGCCUCCGCUCUACUCUCCCUCGCAGCGACGACGCUUCCCGGCACUGCGACCCAUCCGCUUGCUUUCUCGAUGCAUUACGAGUUUGUGGACUCCCGCCUAGAAGGUGCUGCUUUACCAAUAUCAGAAACACGCGUGCGGGUUGAACCAGCUGAGUGUGCAAGACGAUUGACAGUACCGGGGGCGUUUGCUUCGCCUAGAAAUGCUCUAUGGUUCGGUCGUGGGGGCGCACGCAGGCUUCGUUGUCUGUAUAGAUUACAAGUUGAGAGUGCUCGCAUUGAACUACGUCUCCUGGCCGCUGCUUUUGGACGUGAGCCACGAUGCUCCACCCGGCUCGAUCCACUGACCGGCCGAACGGCUUGCGUUCCUGACCCUAUCGAUCCACUUGACUUACGCCCUAGCGACGCGCCACUUGAUUUUGAUGACGAUGAUACUCCAUUACGUGUACCGCAUUUACGAAUUUACGAAUCACCGUGGCCUGGAUACAGGGUACCUGUUGGAUGUAUAUGUGAUAAUGCAAGUGCGCCGCUAGCGAUAUCUUCGGGUGGGCCAGCUCUUGAGCUGGAACUAGUGGCGGUAACCCUUGCGGCUAGUGAGGACCAUCGUCAUGUUCACUUUCGGGGUGAAUGGGCCCGCAUACAAUCUGCAUCAAGUUGCGCAAAUCGCCGCCGUCUUCCCCCACCUGGACAUCGCCUACAUCUCGUGUACCCAUAUAAUGGCAACAAAAUGUCAGAGUGUGGCGAAACACCGUUUCUUCUGGUAGCUCGUGGAAACCGGUCCGUGUUUCUGCGUAUUUGGGGCGAAGAAUUGCCGGCCACUGCCCCCACGUCUGAUGCUCCUCUGUGCCACACGGUUAACCGCAUCCUAGUUUAUGAAGCACAUUCGUCCAGGCUCGUAAAAGCAGUAUGUCCCGGUGGAGAGGAGGCACGUGCGGUACAAGUGUUUACGGAAGAAUGGUGGGCUCGGGGCGUAGGACGCGAGGCCGCCUUACUUGUCGUGUGGUCUGCACGCGAGGCGGGCUCGGCGCGAUUUGCAUGGAUGGAGGUGUGGCGACCUGCCGGUGCGGGUUCGGCUGGAGUUAGCGGAAACGGGUCUUCGUGUGCCCACGAAUGUACAGCUCUGGGUGCUUGUAUGGCAGGAGCUCUGUGGUGUGAUGGCACCGUUGACUGUCCAGGAGGAGGAGACGAAGCAGGAGCAUGUGGCGCUGGCGCAAGACUUCUAGCUGCGUUAGGCGCGCCUGCCGCUGCGGGUGCUGCGGGAGCGGCGGGGGCGGUAGCGCUAUUGAUACUAUUGGCCGCCGUUGUUUUGCGAAAACGUCGAUCACGACGCGACAAGCGUCUGCUGGGCGCACUGGCGGCGGGGCGACGUCUGACUGAAGAGUUGUUGUACGACGCCUCGAGGGCAUCUUCAGUGGCAUCCUCUUGACGUCGGGAGCGCUCCGUCGAGUACAUACACGUGGAUCGCGAGACUACAGUGUGACGGAGCGCCAGAGCUGUGCACUCACGCCUCGCCCUCAUCGCUUGCAACCCUUCGUGGCUGUGUGGUGCGUUGGGACGUUUGUGAUAAAUAGCCGAAUUUAAUAGGGCCAAUGAGUUGGGAGUCGGUGUGAGUGGAUAUUAGUGACUUUAAACCUCAUCGUGUUCGCACUCGAGAUUGCCAAUUUCGAAAACGUCACUGCCGACGAAAUUAUCUUAGUGUAUUCGAAUACUUUAAACGACGGCGAUUCCACUUCAUGUAUUUUGUGUUGUACCAGUAUGAGAACGUAUAUACAAAAUGUGAGAUUAGUAAAUAUGAUGUAAAUAAUUGUACAGAAAUAAUGUGCGAAAGCUUUUUUCCUAAUGAGACUGUUUCGUGUUUGUGUUACUCUAGUGACGGCGAGUGCGCAGAGCGCGCAUGCGCACGCGGCGCCUCGGCUGAGAGAGACAGUUCAGUCACGAUGGACUUCUGUUCCGUUGUUAUUGUUUUGAUGUAUAUUCUAUGGUGUUUUCGAUGAUCUAUCCCGUCCCUCGUUUUCACUAAGUUGUG